AUGGACCUCAACAACGAUCCAAUUAGUGCAAAAGGAAAAAAACAAGAGAAGAUUGAAGAAAGUCUUACCGACAUCCCAUUUGUUCAAAGCUGGUCUUGUCUUACUCUGCUUACCAAGUCUCCAACUGUAACUUCAUCAAGCAGAAGACUUGAAGGACACACUUGGUCCUCUGUUUCAGAGAAGUUGGAACCCACUAAAGAUUGGUCAGACCACAAACCAAAAGAAGGAUUCGGUAGGUACUGUCCAAUGUCACUAUCUUGCUUUCUUUUAUGGAUAAAAUCUUGA